AUCAAUAGAUGAUAAAGUUAUGAAACAAUAAUUAAUAACAAUAACUAUUUUUACAAAUUGUUGCAGUGGUUAAGCAAUUCGUGAUUAGUGGAUAAAAGUUUAAGCAAAUGAAUAUGAAUAGUGACCAAAGUCAGAUCAUAAUCAGUUGCUUGAGUGGUAAGAAAGUAAAUAUUUCGGAAUCUGAUCUUAGAAACGUGAACAGCGACGUGUUAAAUUCUAUAAUCGACAUUUAUAGACGAACCAGAGUAUUUUCAGUACCGUAUCGUUCAUCAGUCGUAUCGCAAUUAGUAUCUUACAUCCGUAAUAACGAGUUGUUAUUCGAAUCCGAAAAAGACGCGAUAGAUAUGUAUCGUAUUAGCAUUGAAUAUCAGAUAGAAAAUCUUCGAAAACAAUGUCGACAGUGUUUGAUCAAUGCAAUAAGCGGGGAAAAUGUGUGUCGUAUACACGACUUUGCCUGCCAACAAGACGACAAAUUGAUACAGUAUUACUGUUGGAGGACUUUCGAUGCCCACUGGAAGGAAGUAUUCAAUGGCGACGACUUCCUCCGAUGUCAGAGGACAACAAUCGAUAGAUUACUGUCUCGUCCCGUAUACUUGUCUUUGACUGAAGGUAAUCUGUUUUCGGCAGUCUACAAAUGGGUAACGGAGGAAGUGAAGAGAGGUUCGGCGUCACGAGAUGCUUUCAACGAAAGAUGUCGGACGGCCAUGGAACCGUUCGUUUCGAAAAUUAGAUUUCUGUCGAUGAGUUUAAACGAAUUUUCACGUCACGUUGUGCCAACGAAUUACUUAAACGACGAGGAAAAAGAAAGCAUUCGUUCUGGUUUAACGAGCAACGAGCUUACAAAUUAUCCCGAAAGAUUUUCCAAGUUGAGAGAUAGAAGGAAUAGAAGUUUAAGUACAAACUGGUUUAGAUAUUUAAAGCGAAUGCCGUACACAAACAAUAGUAAAAACAAAAGCAUGAUAUUCAGCACAGAAAUAUCAGUAAUGGAGGAUUGUUUCGUGAUUACGCUGAAACUUCCCGUAACUCAUUACCACAGUAGAACUAUACCCGUAAAAUUAAAUGGAUACAAGAAUUUUGUAGAAAAUCGAUUAGAAAGCGAAACAGUUUACUGUAACGAAGUUGGUUUCGUGUAUUUAGAAUGCCCAAUUUUUGUGGGAAAAGACGAGAUUCUUCGACUUACGAUCGAAUUCGUUCCUGACGAAAUUCGCCAAUUAUAUAAAGGGCCGAUAAUGACAUUCUUUCAACAUGACAUGUUUCGUACGGAUUAUGAUUCCGAUGCGGUGCGAUUCUUAGAAUAUUUACAGCUGCAAUCGGAUGAAAGCAAUCAUAUCUACUUCGAAGUCGAUUUAUAUUUUUGAAUUAUUGAAAAAAAUAAAUAAUAAUUUCAAUUCCAACGAAUGGUACUGGGUACAUUUCUAUGAAAACAUAAUAAAAUCUCUGUGGCUUUUCCCU